AUGGCUCAAGAGGAGCAGCUGGAAGAGGAUGACUGGAGGAAGCUUGUGAAAGAAAAAAUAGGCAAAGGAAGCAACAUCAAAGAAUUGAAGGAUUAUGCGAUCAUCUUUGGGGAACUGUACAGACGCCUUCCGGGAGGUAUUUUGACCCGCUGCAUAGGGAUAACAGAAGCACAGGAGAAGCUUCAAGAGGUACAUGAGGUCACUUGCAAUUUGGAGCCAAUAAUCAGCUUGUACCGGCGCCUGCAGCGCAAGGGUUAUUACUGGCCAGAAAUGAGGAAACAAGCAGCUGAAAUACAAGCCAAUUGUCCCAAGUGUGCAAAGAUACCCUCCACCGAGGAAUCAUUCACCGUCUCGUUUGCGGAGGAUUGGAGGGCUCCAUACUUGGCAUCCUUCAUCAACGGAGUCUUGCCAACCAAUCCCAAGCAUGCACGCAAGCUCAAAAGGACAAUGAAAAGAUACUUCAUAGAUGGGUCAACUCUUUACCGUAAGGGGUUUAAUGGUGAGCCAUUAAAAUGCUUGGGAAAGUCAGAGGCACAGCAAGUCAUGCAAGAGAUUCAUGCUGGAGAAUGUGGUGAACACCAAGGAAUGAAGAGGCUUUACCGGCAGCUGCUGAGUGUUGGGUAUUAUUGGCCUACAAUGAAGAAUGAUGCAUACAACUUUGUGAAGAGGUGUCCACAUGUCCAAGUUCAUGCCAGUGAUUUAAGCUUGGUCCCUUGCGGAAGGCACGGUGAUGCUGCCGUUGCCAAUUUCAUCGUGAAAAAUAGUGUAAUGGCAGAUUGUCUACGAAUGAUUGUCAUCUGUACAAUGGCACCCCUUGUUGGCAAUAAUGGCCAUAUAGCUGUUGAUCACUUAGUGGUUUUUGGAUCAAGAAUCGCUUUUGAGGUCACACACGAUCCCACGCACGCCACCACCCUCCCGCUCCACGGCUCGUGCUUGUUGAUCUAA